ACAGCUGCUCACUGAUUGGUCUGACCGGCAGGAGCACGUCCAACACGGGAUAACCCGGUGCAACCCCCCACCCGCUGAUGGAUAGCUUUAUGCUCCACUUUCUCUUCUCUCCUUCUAACUUUCACGACUCUACAAAGUCCGAGCACGACCGCGUGUUCCUCCGACACCUCCUCACCCUCUCUCCUCUGCUCCUCCACCUCCAUGCCUCACUCCUCGUGGGCUGUAACUUCUGCCGGAGCCCAAGUGGCUGCAGUUGCAAUUAGGGAACCACGCCUGGUGCUCUCUAAUUUCCCCUGAAUUGCAGUACUUAAAGGACCCCCGCCUGGGGAAAGAGAGUUGUCUGAGGACCUGCUUUUUCCACAUCCAUCGACUGGCGUCCCUCCAGGGUUGGUCCAGCUCUCUGCCCGGGGACACAACUACAGCCAUGGAGUACCUCAAGUUUUGUUUUGUGUUUUCCUGCUGGAUGAAGUUCGCAAACUCCGUCUUUUCCACCGAGGCACCCAACACCCCCGCUCCUAUCCCCAAAGAAAAAUUGCUCGUCUUGACCGUCGCCACACAGGAAACUGAUGGCUUUCUACGCUUUAUGCAGUCUGCAAACUAUUUCAACUACACUGUGAAGGUGUUGGGAAUGGGAGAAGCAUGGAAAGGUGGUGACGUAGGGCAUUCAAUUGGUGGAGGGCAAAAAGUCAGACUACUGAAGGAGGCCAUGGAGGCUGUGGCUGACCAGGAGGAUCUCGUUGUCCUGUCUGUGGAUAGCUACGAUCUCAUCUUUGCCGGAGGACCAGAGGAGAUUCUCAGGAAGUUCCAACAGGCCAAUCACAAAGUGGUCUUCGCUGCGGAGGGAUUAGUAUGGCCGGAUAAACGUCUAGGUGACAAGUAUCCCUUGGUCCGCAGUGGCAAGCGCUACCUCAACUCUGGAGGUAUAAUUGGCUACGCACCCUACGUAAACAGAGUAGUCUCCCAGUGGAACCUCCACGACAACGACGACGACCAGCUCUUUUACACCAAAAUAUACCUGAAUCCUCUACAAAGACAAGAACUCAACAUGACUUUGGACCACAAGUGCCAGAUUUUCCAGAACCUAAAUGGGGCCGUUGAUGAAGUGCUUCUCAAGUUUGGAACCGACCGCGUGAGAGUCAGAAACACAGCGUACGACUCUCUGCCAGUGGUUGUUCAUGGAAACGGAAACACCAAAAUGUACUUGAACUACUUAGGCAACUAUGUUCCUAACACUUGGAACUACGAACACGGGUGCAGCUACUGUGACGACGACGUUCUGGACUUGUCUGAGCUAAAGGAAUAUCCCAAAGUGCUGGUCGGAGUGUUUAUCGAGCAGCCGACCCCGUUUCUCCCAGAAUUCCUCCAUCGGCUGCUGACACUGGAUUAUCCUAAAGAUAAAUUAAACGUUUUCGUCCACAAUAACGAGGUUUACCACGAGAAACACAUCCAGAAGUUCUGGGAAGAAAACAGGAAUGUGUUCAACACUUUUAAGGUUGUGGGACCAGAGGAGAACCUGAGCCAAGGAGAAGCCAGGAACAUGGCCAUGGACGUUUGCCGAAAGGACGCCACCUGCGACUACUACUUCAGCAUAGACGCUGACGUCAUGCUCACCAACAGGCAGACACUGAAGCUCCUCAUUGAGCAAAACAGAAAAAUAAUUGCUCCUCUUGUCACUCGCCACGGCAAGUUGUGGUCCAACUUCUGGGGCGCCCUGAGUCUGGAUGGUUACUACGCUCGCUCUGAGGAUUACGUCGACAUCGUGCAGAGGAAGCGCAUGGGCGUGUGGAACAUUCCCUACAUGGCACACGUUUACCUGGUGAAGGGCAGCGUCUUGAGGACUGAAAUGCAGGAGAGGAACUACUUUGUCCUGGAGAAACUGGACCCAGAUAUGUCUUUGUGUAGAAACGCCAGAGAGCUGACCAGUCACAGGGAGAAAGACUCCCCUUCUCCGGAAUCAUUCCAUAUGCUCAGACCCCCAAAGGGAGUCUUCAUGUACAUCACAAACCGUCAUGAGUUCGGGCGGCUCAUCUCCACGGCCAACUACAACACCUCCCACUACAACAGCGACCUGUGGCAGAUCUUUGAAAACCCUGUGGACUGGAAGGAGAAAUACAUCAACGAAAACUACACUCGAAUCUUCACUGAAAACUACUUGGAGGAGCCCUGUCCAGAUGUUUACUGGUUCCCAGUUUUCUCAGAGAAGGCCUGUGACGAGCUGGUGGAGGAGAUGGAGCACUACGGUUCAUGGUCUGGAGGAAGACAUGAGGAUAAACGUAUCGCAGGAGGCUACGAGACAGUUCCCACGGACGACAUCCACAUGAAACAGAUCGGCUUUGAUAAAGAGUGGCUGCACUUCAUCAGGGAGUUCAUAUCGCCCGUCACGCUAAAGGUUUUCUCAGGAUAUUACACCAAGGGUUACGCCAUCAUGAACUUUGUGGUGAAGUACACGCCCGGACGGCAGUCGUACCUGAGGCCCCACCACGACUCCUCCACCUUCACCAUCAACAUCGCCCUCAAUAGUAAAGACUCAGACUUUCAGGGCGGAGGUUGUCGGUUCCACCGUUACAACUGCUCCAUAGAGUCACCAAGAAAAGGCUGGAGCUUCAUGCACCCGGGACGACUGACUCACCUGCACGAAGGUCUGCCAACAACCAACGGUACCAGAUACAUCGCAGUGUCCUUCAUCGAUCCUUGAACGUUGCUGUACUUUAGUCUUUUGACCUUUGACCUCUUCUUCUGUCCUGUCCUGUUUAAAAGAAGAAAGAAAAAAACCUCUGUCAAACAGAGUGUAGAAGAAAACGAGAAAAGACAUGAACAAGAAAAUUCAUGAUUUUAAGGUAAAGAAAUGACAGAAAUGCCGGCAGGGUAAAAUACUUAACUUUCAUUUUCAACUUUUUGGUUAUGGUUUCAAAACUCUGAUCUCAGGAAUUAACACAUGCCGUAGUUUGCCAUGUUUGUUUACUAACUUACACUCUGGUGCUUUUGCUAGCAUUUAGCUAGGAAACUAUUUUAUAUUUCAGGAAAAGACGUCUUUUAUUGCAUUCUUACUGUAGAAACUCAGCGUUGGUUCAACGUUGGUUCAACAAUUCUUAGCCAUCACAGAGGUUUGAUUUGUGUUCAGUGGGGAAAAAAAGAAUAUAUUUUUGUAAUUUUGCACAAAAGGUUAAAAAAACAAACAGGAUUCAAAUAUGAAUUCUGUUUGGAUGAAGUUAAAUCCUCUUUAGUCUAAAAAGGUUUGUUUCCUGUCUUUGAAAAUGACGACAUUCAGUUGCUUUUCUGGAAUUGUUUUUUUCCUGUGUUUUUCCUAAGAGAUGUAUGUGAAUGGAUUUUAGGACAGAUUAAAAAAAAGGUUUUAACUUAUUGUAAAAAUUUAAAUAAAGUCUUGAUAAAUAAAG